UGUAAUGAAAGUUACGACACUUCAACCAUGCAUAAAAAAGUUAACAAAGCAAACAACCGAACGAUAUCAGAAAACCAUACUCAAAGCUGUUCAGAUAACGAAACACAAACAUUAGACUGUUUGAAUGGAGGAUCUUGCUUUGUUGUUUUUAUAGAAGAAAGAAUUGUGAAAUGUGCAUGUUACACACAGUAUGUUGGUACCCGCUGUGAAAUGAUAAACACGAAUAGAACGUUAAAACAAUUUGAAGGUACCGAAGAGAAAGACGUCGACAAUAGACAUAUUCCAGGCAUAACAGCAGGAGUUGUCACUGUAUUUAUUGUUUUAUUGGCAAUUAUACUCAUACGAAGAAUUGAAAGGAAUAGUAGAAAACAGUUACAUACUCAACUUUUUUGUAGUGAGGGAAAUGGAUCAGAAACAACAAAAAUAGUUUGAAUCACUACCAACAACAAACAUGAUUUGAACCACUACCAACAAUGAACAUGGUGUGAAUCACUACCAACAAUGAAUAUUGUUUGAAUCAUAACUAACAACGAAAAUGGUUUGAAUCCCUUCCACCAAAACAACUUAUGAUAAUAGACAAAUUACUGUUUUUUUCUCACUUUUGACUGAUUUGAACUACUUUGUAACCUAACCAUAGCAAUUGCUAAUUCUUUAUUUGUACAAUAGCAGAUUGUAUUAGAAUGACAAACAUGAAGGUUUGUGGAGUGAAACAAAAACCAUUUAUAAAAGGAAACAUUUAAAUUUAUAUAUUGCAAUUAUGAGUUAAGCAAUCUUGAGGUCAACAUACGCAAUAUAUUUGUUGUAUUUCCCAAAGUCUUAUAUCAAAACCCUGUAUCGUUUGUGAUUAACAUAGGUAUGUGAAACGACAAUUUGAUUUAGUGUGGAAAAAUUGUUUUUGGUAUGAAAAAAGUACUAUGUGCAAUGAUGUGUGUAUGUUGGAAUAACAUAAAUGUUUAUUUUGUCAUCUUAGCGUUGCUUUGUACAAAUGAAUGUAUCAAUAUAAAAUGCACAAUUGUUUUCAUCUAGAGGAUAAGGCUAAUAUUUGUACUGCUAUCUUUCUCAAAAACAUUUAAGCGUACUCUGUAUGCAAAACCAAAACAUAAAGCUACAUCAUAUACUUUCACCAUGACAGUUGGCUGUAAUAAUGGAAUAUUUCAGUAAAAGCUUAUUUAAAAUCUGAAUUAUACCUAAAUUAGAACCGGAAAAAAAACCCCAAAUGUAUGAAAAAUGGAACAUUUAUAUUAAAAAUUCAAUGCCUAUAUUUUAAUUUGCUGAUAGUCGAAAGCUCGUUGGUUUACAUCGUGUUUAUAUCGACAUUUUAUCUUAUGAUCUUCAAGACCCAGAUUAACUGCGUUAUUAUUUUCGUAAAUAUGGUUUGUUCCCCUUUAUCCCGCUACAAUAGAACAAAACUCCCCUUUUGAAAUAUGUUAUUUAAUUAUCUAUUGAACACAGAAAAAAGGCUGCAGAAUAUUAAAGAAUAUAAAAAUUAUCAUACACGUAUCAUGAGCAUGCAAUAAUAAAUGAUUACUAGCAGUAAACAAUAGAAGAAAAUUUUGUUGAAGUCUGAAUUUGAAAAAAACCCAAAACAUUCUAAAUUUUAAAAAAAUGCAGAUUUUGUUGAAACAUCCUGAUCUUUUUCUUUGACAAACGCUUCAAUAUACUUAGAUGUAUCAAGAUUUUAAAUUUACAUUUUAUGUACAAUUCCAUGCAGCAAUGUGACAUACGGGUCCAGUGUCCUUUAAUUUAUACUGAGAACAUAUAUUGUUGUGAUGCGUUUACGUAAAUCUUGUAUUUUUUUUUACACCUGUUAUGAAAUUAAUAAAAGUGAGAACUGGAUUUCGAGGAACAGUUUUGUAAAUACAGACUGCAAUGUUAUGAAUAUACUUCACUGAUAUAUAAUUGGUCUAUGUCAUUUCUAUUUAUUAAUUCAAGUAUUUAUUCACUCAUUUUGUUACUUAUUUAUUCAUUUUGUUACUUAUUUAUUCAUUUUGUCACUUAUCUAGUCAUUUUGAUACUUAUUUAUUCAUUUUGGUUCUUAUUUAUUCAUUUUGUUGCUUAUCUAAUAUCCAUUUUCAAAUGAUGACAUAAAUGUAGUUUUCUUAAUUAAUAGUUAAAAACUGUUUUUGCUUUUGUAUCGUCUUUUCUUCUACCAUUGUGAUGAAUUUUUAUGAUUAGAUUGACCCUUAGUUAACUACAUCUCCAGGUUAGUUCACUUUUCACACUUCAUUUAAAUCGUUAAAAAUCCCUCCCCAUCUCUCACAAAAAAUGUGGUGAGAAACACGAAAUAGAACAUAAAGGUGAAAAUACCUCUUUGUUUUAAAAGCCAUAAAAUUUUCGGGUAAUUCGUAAAAUGUAGUUUUAUCAUGAUUUUUUGAAAUAUAACAGAACUUUUUUAUUCAGUCUACCGGUUGUUCAAAAUUGUAACAUUUUGAAUGAUUAAGCAUGGAAAACCCGAAUUUGUGUGAUAAAGAAAACUACACUUUACAAUUUUGAUGUAAGUAGUUCAAGCACUCUCUAUAAAAAUUACUUUGUCUAUCGUACUAUUACACCUUUCUCCUCUUAUGUGGCAAAGCUGAAAAUAUGAAUCAAACAAAAACAUUGCAUUUUAUAGGGUGCCAUAGGUGGAGAAGGAUCUGCUUACCCUUCCGGAGCACCUGAGAUCACCAUAAGUUUUUGUAGGGCUCGUGUUGCUUAUUCUUUAGUUUUCUAUGUUGUGUCAUGUACGUGUACACUAGUUUGUCUGUUUGUCUUUAUCACUCUUAGCCAUGUUAUUGUCAGUUUAUUUUCGAUUUAUGAGUUUGAAUGUCCCUCUGGUAUCUUUCGUCCCUCUUUUAUAGAAGAAACAGCCGUUAAUUUUAUUAAAGCACAUUCUUUUCUAUAUCAACAUGAACACUUAUAAGGUCUCGUGUUGCUUAUUCUUUAGUUUUCUAUGUUGGGUCAUGUACGUGUACAUUUGUUUGUCUGUUUGUAUUUAUCACUCGUAGCCA